UUUAAAUAAAGCAGGCACAGUCAUGCAAAGUCGGAGUGUUUCAGAAGCGAACAUAGCUGCUCAACCUGUGAAUAAAAAAGGACUGCGAAUAUGUCAGAGACUAUUGUAAUAAAGCAUUUGUCUAGCGGAAGGUUCAUCCAUCCAAGUGGCGGUUUGAGUAACCCUGGCGACGGAACUAACCUUGACCGGCAUAGCGCCAUACAUGACAGAAUGCACUGGCGAUUUGUACCGGUGGUAGAUCACUGGGGAUACAUUGAGCACGUGGCAAGUGGCAAGGUCGUACAUCCGAGGGGAGGGAGUUUGACACCUGGGGACCACACAGACCUGGUAGUCGACAGUGCUCGGCAUUGGGGAGCGCUGUUUGCUCUCGACUGUAACAACCAUCACGUGAUUCACAAGGGAGGAAAGUUUGCACAUCCAAAAGGUGGCAGACCAGACGCAGGAGACCAUACAACUAUUAACCUUCACUGGGAACAGCACGAUGCCAUGAAGUUUGGAUUUUUCUCGCCCAGCAAUCCGAAUAAAGAGGUGCUUGUUUACGGCUACCCGAAAAUGUUCGGAAAGUGGAAAAUCAUCCAUAUGGUUCUCAACCCGUCGGCAGAGCAUACGUUUACACUUGAGGUCAAAGUUGGCAUGUCCAAGACUGAGAGCAAAACAAGCGGAUUUGAGUACAGCUGGGAGAGCUCUGGUGGUGUCAACAUCGAAAUUCUCAGUUUGUCAGCUUCGCAGUCCAUCAAAUACAUGAUGGAACAAACUUCCUCCCAGACCUGGUCCAACGAAACGACCACAACAUCUCAAAUCAAUGUGAAACCUGGUCAAACAGUGGUCACUUGGCAGUGGGUGUUUGACGUGGAGCAAAACGAAAACAAGUCUGUGUUCCAGAGCAACCUUCUGGCCGACACUGGAAGUGAGACCGAGGUACCCAGAGACCUGCAGUACAAGGUCAAAACAGGACAGGAUAUGGAAUCUCUCGUUAAACGCCUUUGUGUUGCGUAGAUCUGUGUUCGUCUGCAAAUAAACGAGUUAAAUUCAAAUAAAAAUGAAACUGCAUUCACUGUUAUAUAUAACAAUUUUUAAAUACUUGUUUUUUGGAACUUUAUAGUGACAAAUUUCCUUUAAAUAAUUCUACCCCAAUUGUGUACAUGUAGUAUAGGGACACAUACGGACAAAAUAUUUAUCAUAUUCCCAAUAUUGCACAGGUGUUAUGUACAUGAAUGGGUUUGAGACCUGUUUUUGAAAAAAUAUUAAAAAUAUUAUGAUGAUAUUUUGAUUUUCGGACCUAUAUUCUAGCGUGUUAUUCAUGUACGUUUUAUCUGUUUGGUGGUUGUUGUUGUUUUUAAAUUUAUUAGAUCGUCCAUAUACGCAAAUACUCGAUGUUAUUUUGUAACUAAAUGAUGCCGUAUUAAUUUGUUUGUUUGCUUUUCUUGUUCUUGUGAUAUGGUUGCUAAACGUAUGCUUGUACAAUUAACCUAUGUAAGCCCGUUGUAGUUUCUUGCUUUUUUAUGAAUAAA